UAGCAACAGUUGCCCUGGUGAGGACGAAGCGCCAUAGCCACGGUAGCCCUGGCGACAAGAACCCAGCAACGAGAAUCAACAACAACAACAACUGAAUCGCCAUAAAAAUAAAAGAAGACAUUUUACCGGUGGGAAACACACACGUGGAACCAGAGGGUGAUUCCCAGCUCUUGUAAUGGCCACCGCAGGCUACGUAGGUGAGAUCCAGCCGGCAGCCCAGUCCCAGGCGGCUGGUGUCACCGUCACUCCUGGGCAACCCGAUGCCAGCUCCACCACUGCAGCUGCCCCUCAGUUUCUGGCUGAGAUUCAAACUGCUGCGACUACUCCCACUGUUGUCACAGCCACAGGCCAAACUGCUCCCAGUGAGCAGGCAACUUCCAUCGCCACUCAGAAGCCUGCAGCUGUUAGUCAAGCUCAGCCCACAGCACAGGUCCAGUCAGCUCAGACUCAGUAUGUGACUGCAGAAAUCCAGGGCUCCCCUUCACAGACUGGAAAUGCUCAAAGCACUCCUCAGUACAUCGUUGUAACAGUCACAGAGGGCUCCCUCCACUCAAGUGACAGUUUGUCGGACUCUAGUCCUCCUCCAGCUGUGGUGCAGACAGGUGUUCCCACACAGGUUGUUCAACAGGUGCAGACGGCUCAACAGAGGUCUGUGGUGCAGGCCACCUCUCAGAUAGCCAAGACUGAGCCAGGGACCCAGCUCAGUGUCACCAGUCUACAGCCUGUUCAUAUCAGCCAGGAGUUUUACCAGUCACUGGAAAUGGGUAAUUCAAAAUACCACUACUAUGGCCUGAGGAUCAAGGCAGGAUCAUCUCUUCUCCGUCUGAUGGAAGACCAGCAACAUCUGGCCAUGAGGCAGCAGCCCUUCUCACAGAAACAGAGGUUGAAGCCUGUGCAUAAAGUGGAAGGAAUGACAAAUGGCACAGCGUCAGGAGCAGGCCAACAGCAGCAGCAGCAACAGGGGUCAGGGCAUGUGGACAUCAGCACCCAGGUUCAACAGUACCAGCAGUUCUUAGAUGCGUCUAGAUCUCUACCAGAAUUCCCAGAUAUCGACCUUCAAGGGAAGUCUCUGCCAGAGGGCAUCGAACUGGAGCACAUAAAGAGCUUUCAGCUGCUGUACAGAGAGCACUGUGAGGCCAUACUGGAUGUGAUGGUCAACCUGCAGUUUACCCUGGUGGAGACACUGUGGAAGACCUUCUGGAGAUUCAGCCAGAGCCAGGCUGGAGAUCCCACGUUGGCUGUUCAUGAUGAGUCAGAGAAGCGUCUCCCUAAGUCCUGCCUGGUGUUGCUGUGCAAGUAUGAGCCAGUGCUGCGCUGGAGCCGUGACUGUGAUAACAGCCUGUACCAGGGCCUGGUGGAGAUCCUCAUCCCUGAUGUCCUCAGGCCCAUCCCCAGUGCCUUAACUCAAGCCAUCCGUAAUUUUGCCAAGAGCCUGGAGAGCUGGCUGACCAAUGCCAUGAUGAACAUCCCAGAGGAGAUGGUCCGAAUCAAGGUAACUUCAGCCAAUGCGUUUGCUCAGACACUGCGUCGCUACACCAGUCUGAACCACCUCGCCCAGGCGGCCCGCGCUGUCCUCCAGAACACAGCUCAGAUCAACCAGAUGCUCUCGGACCUCAACCGCGUGGAUUUUGCUAACGUCCAGGAGCAGGCUUCGUGGGUGUGCCGGUGUGAAGACCGUGUUGUCCAGCGGCUGGAGCAGGAUUUCAAGCUGACCCUUCAGCAGCAGAACUCCCUGGAGCAGUGGGCUGCGUGGCUGGAUGGUGUGGUUUCCCAGGUCCUAAAGCCCUACCAGCACAGCUCCACCUUCCCUAAGGCCGCUAAGCUCUUCCUGCUCAAGUGGUCCUUUUACAGUUCCAUGGUAAUAAGGGACUUGACCCUGCGGAGUGCAGCAAGUUUCGGUUCCUUUCACUUGAUCCGCCUGCUCUACGAUGAGUACAUGUACUACCUGAUAGAGCACAGAGUGGCCCAGGCUAAAGGAGAAACGCCCAUCGCUGUCAUGGGAGAGUUUGCCAGUUUAGGUCGGGGUCUAAACCAGCUGGAUCCUGACAAAGAAGAGGAAGAGGAGGAGGAGGAGGAGAGUGACGAGGAAGGUCAGGAGCUGUCCCUUCCCUCAGAUGGGGUCGUGCUUGGAGAGGAGUCUCUGGAGCCGCCUGCUAAGCUGGCCAGAACUGACCAGAGAGUCCUCUUCACCACCGGAUCAGCUGACAACUAACCACAGAGUAACACUGCUAGAUGUGGGCUGAUUAUAUUAAUCAUACACACACACACAGACACUUAAAUGUACAAAGAACACUAAUUUAUACACUUGACACAUGUAUAUAGAUCUUGUAAAUGUGUGUGCACACCCUCGCUGCAUACUGUAACUGUCCCACUUGUUUACACACACAAACACUCACACACACGCACAAUCAAACCACGCUUAUUCAGUAGCUGCUGCUGCCUGAAUGGCACGACUACCUGUUGGCACCAUUAAUUCAUUACAAAAUCAUGGCUCUGCAACAGGAUGUGGUUUCAAAAACCAGACUCAAUGCAAAGAAUAACAAGUAUUUUCACCCUCAGUCGUACCAAUUUCUGAAAGAUUAACUCAAAGCCAGGCGUGUUAUUUCUUUCCUCAUUGUAUUUCAACCUGUAGCCUUGCUGAGAAACAUCUGCUCACUCUGGAUCCUCCUGAAACCGUCACUGCCGUAUCAAAGUGAUCUUGAAAAUACUGUGAUGUGUGUGUGUGUGUGUGUGUGUGUGUGUGUGUGUGUGUGUGUGAGUGUGUGUGUGUGUGUGUGUGUUUGUGAAAGUAAAUUCUAGAGGGUGUGGGUGGGGACCUUUUACAGUCAGAGGUUGCUGAAUUUAGUUACUAAUUCAUUCAAAGAAAAACCACAUUUGUAAAAGAAAAGGUGGUUGGGAUUAUGUGUGUCAGUGUGAGGGGUCACACCCCUCUGCUGUGACAUCUGGAGGCUGACUGAUUAUUGCUUUUGUGUGUGUGUGUUUCUGUGUCUGAUAGUGUGAUUGUGAGUCACGCCAGUGUCGACUGGUUUCCUCUGUAGAUAUUUUCUAAGGCUUUCAAAUGUUCUUGAUUUGGGAGACGUGUAGAUUCUCUGUUUGAUUUUAUUUGCCUGUAAAGAAAACAUUGUCGUGUUCUUGGAGUGCCUGUCACGGCUGCUACACACACUUGUAAAGAUAAAACUAUGGCUGUGGAAUAGGGGCUCUCAUUAGUUGCUGCAAAAAAAAUCCUUUCUCUUUUAUUGAACCUCUUGUUCCUCAAGAGAGGUACUGUAUGUGUCAUAUAUUUAAAGUGCUUCAUUCCUGUUCAUCUACUAAGUUCCUGUGUUGCCUCAUUUUUCUUUGAAAUAUCAUGUUCUUGCCUUAUUUUGAUGCAUUUUUCCACGUGUGCCAAACCUGUUUACUUUGAUCCCAGAUCGUGUAAUUUAUGAAUUUUCUCUCUUUGUCUUAAGGAGGACUGUGCCUGAGUAAGAACGGUGAUAUACUUAUAUUCUACUGUAUAUUUAUCCACUAUUUUGAAUUAUGUUGUCACUAAGUGAACCUCUCGUGCCGUGUAUGGUGCUGUGUUGUCACACAUUGUCAUCAGCCUUUGUGUGCUUUAUUGAUUUGUGGUUGUACGUUCAGUUAGCGAUCCUGUCUCACACCUUUAUGACUUUUCCACAAACCCUGCCUCUUUGCACACAUUGAUUGUUGUCUUUAAAGCUCAGAGAGAGUUCAUCUUUUUUCAAUAUCAUUUCCGUGUUUCUUUCGAUGGUGUGCAUAUGUCAGGUUUCUCACUAUGCUCAGUGUGGUUCUAAGAAUUUGGCGAGGGGAAAUAUCUGUUUGCUCUCCCUGCACAGUCCUCCACUGAGGCUCAUCUCCCUCUGCGAUUCUGCCCUCCCGCCAAUGGCUUUGUUUUGCUUCAAACAUCCAUGUUCUUAAACACUGCUCAUCGAGAUUGGUUGUUGCAAACAUUUCAUUUUUCCUGAUUUGAAAUACACACAUCUUGAAAUUGCUGCAGUGCACAUCUUUGACGGGCUACGCCAGCCUCAAACCAGCACAUCAUCCUCACAUGGAGUCUAAUGCUACCACAGCAGUACAGUACAUAUCACUCCAGUCUUUUAAGGAACAGCAUUUAGAAUGGCCAUUGUUUACCCUGUAAGACAAAUGUUUAGUCGUUUCUUUUUAUAGUUUAUUGUUUCUAAUGUACAAAACAAACUGAGAAAAAAAAGAUGUUCAGUGGCAGUGUUUUAUGAAUUUGGUCUGCUCUAAGUAUGACUGUGCCUUUGGAGGUGGUAGAAUGCAAUUCAGAUGUUUUUAAUUUUAAAGAUAUAAAUUAAAGAAUUUUUAAAAUUGCACUUGCGUCCCCUGCUGUCAAUUUUAUUUUUCUCACUGUCAAGUCUCAACAUACAUCACGGUGUUGUAAUCUGGCUGAAAGAUGAGACUGGCAUGGUUUCUGACACACAGCGGCCACCCGCUUCUUCUUUACUGUGUAAAACACAUCAUGACUUCCUGGAUUGUUCUCACUCACACUGUCACACACUUGUCUGUGGCGGCUUCUGCUUCAAG